AACUGUGCCGCUGAUAGGUGCGCCUCCUCCAGUCCGUCAACCGCAAACGACAGCACGUCUGGAAUAUCGCCGGGAAACUCUUUCCUCCUUCCGAUUAAGAAUUUUCCAAGCUCAUUUUUUUUUGGUAAAAAACAGUAAUUUUUUUUUUAAAAAAAUUCAAACAAAUCAACCAUGUUUCCGAUCUCUGACUCAUUUUUCGUGUUCGUUGUCGUGUCUUCGUCCGUGUGUGAAAAAAGCGCCAAAACGAUACACCCGCGUUGAGUGAAAUUCAUCCCCCUCCCCUGAAAGGUCGUUACUCGGAAGUUUCUAUUCGCGUUUUGGUGCUACAUCAACUUAUCGCGGGAAAAUGCUCAAGUGUUUCCUAAAAAUUUUUCGAGACCGAAACAAAUCCCUAGGAGCCUGACCGCUAACGUUUUGUAACGCAUAGUAGUAAUUGAGUGCGUCGCUGCGUUCUCGAAUAAAAGUGAAAAUGUUAAUUAAUGUGUUAUUAAUUGCAGUAUUAUUGAAUCAGAUGUGCUUACUGUUGAAUGGAUCAGAAUUAGGGGAAACCUGCGCGGCUAACGAGGAUUGCUCUAUCGAAAACAGCCACUGCUAUUCGGGGAAAUGUUCGUGUCUUCCAUAUUACGCUUCCUACAACUACACAGUUUGCCUUCAAUCCACGUUGCUCGGAUUUGAAUGUCACGUGCCUGAGCAAUGUUCACAAAAAGUAGCCAACAGCUCUUGCAUACAAGGAACGUGCCAAUGUGAGCAAGGCUUCCUCCAGUUUCGACGACACACCUGUCUAACUCCGGCAAAAGUGGGGCAGAUCUGUUACAGCGAUACUCACUGCCGGUUGUGGGAUAGCGAUACCCAUUGCCACUUCCUCAUCCAAAACCUCUUCGGAAAAUGCGUCUGCAACUCUCCACUUGGCUCCAUGCAGAACGGUGCAUGCGUGCCCAGUCCUUCUCCAGUCGAAACAACCGAAUCCACGGAGAUCGCCGUCUCCACGGAAAUAACCACUUCAGGAAAAUCGCAACUCUCCAGCCCUUCCCCCACCUCAUUCAUCAAUCGGUCCCCGAUCAAAUUCUCCUCGGUCAGUCCUAGCCAGAAACCCCAUAAAAAGCCUCAAAGCCCCACGCAGCGACCGAACCCCCAAAAAUUCAAAGUCUCGACACCCAAACCCUCAGUCAAACCCACCGAGAAUCCCAAUAAAGUUCUCCAAGAGAAGAUCUCAACGGAGUUGGAGCCACCUUUCUCUAGUCAAUCUACCCUGAAACCGUUCAAGACGACGAUAACGUUCGUUGAAAAGACCAAGCCAGGUAUUAAACCCAACAAACCGAACAAACAUACGGCAACGUUUCUGUCACCAUCAGCGAUCACACCGAACUUUCCAAAGUUCACGAUCGAUGUCACCAGUACCACGGAGAUUCCUGGUAAACUCACCACCUGGAUUAUCAACGAUAACAAUGGGGCCCUCACCAGAAUCAAACCUACCACCAAUGAACUCACCAAGACCACUACGACCGCCAGUUAUAACACAGUUAACUGUUUGAGAUGCCCCACGAACAGUUUGUCAAACGGUUUGACAAAUGGUUUAACAAACAGUUUGACGAACACAUUCUCGGGUGGCUUAACCAACGGUUUGACGAAUAAUUUUGUACACCGCUUGAAAUUUCCGGCUAGGCCGACGCAGUACACGACGAUCAAACUGAAUUCGACGGCGGAUAAAACUGGUUUGCCAGCGCAGUACGGGGCACCGGGCCCGAGUUUGACGACGAGGUGGACGACGCCGGCACCCGCACGAACGACGCCGAGGCCGUUGAAACACACGACGGCGGCGCGGCUCCCAGGGACGACAGUGGUGACCCCCAGCGACAGUCAGAUGCUUGGCCAAUAUUUGAGUUUGGUCAAACUGAAGAAUCAGAGCAAGCCGAGCUUCGGUGUGAUGCUGGUGAAACCGACCCACGAGACACCCACUACAAGUACCUGGAUCCGACCGGUCACCCCGGGCUCCUCCAACACCAUCACCAAGAUCAUCGCCUCGCCGGGCCCUGCUGUUCUUUACAACGUGGGAACAAAAACUGGACCAGAAAAGGAUCCACUUAAGGUCUCACUGGGGAUGGUGUGUAAACACCACAAGCAAUGUAUACGCGCGGACCCUGAGUCAAGAUGCAUCAAUGGAAUAUGCGACUGUGUCAAGCCGCGAAAUAACGAAACAGGUGCAUAUUGUAACGCGUUCAACAGAGGGUGCCAUCCAAACACAUUCCAGUGCAAAUCCAGUGGGAAAUGCAUAAGCUGGUUCUUCGUGUGCGACGGUCGGCGGGACUGCGCGGAUGGCUCGGACGAGGCGUGCGGUGGCCCCGGGCGGGGUGGGAGCUCCAACGGGUGUCCAACCCUUGGGUUCCGCUGUGGAAAACUCGAGCCGGCCGUUUGUGUCUCGCAGGCGGCCCGCUGUGACGGCGCCUGGGACUGCCCCGGCGGCGAGGACGAGCAAAACUGCACCGUCGGACCGCAACAAGACUGUCCGCGUCACACGUACCGGUGCAAGAGCGGGCAGUGCGUGCCGGAGUACGAAUACUGCAACGCGGCGGCGGCCUGCAAGGACGGCUCAGACGAAUUGGCACAAGCCUGCUCGGCCACUUGGGACAGCGACGUCACCACGCUCGGCUUCUGCCCGUUCCGCUGCAACAACGGACGCUGCCGAUCCAGCGCCGUCACCUGCUCCGGCAAAGACGGCUGCGGUGACGAAUCCGACGAGGCCAAGUGCAACGUCUGCAGAUGUGCGAAAAUAUCUUGAUAAUGAAACUGACAUUCUGAGGUUCAACUACGUUAGUAUCACCAAGAUACGAGAAAACAAAUGCGCACCAGUUUUUCGGUAGCAGUUAAUCUCGCAAUAAUUGUUUUUGAAAUAUUUUUUUUUCAUGAGUCAAAUUGUGUAAAUAGUUGUAGAUAAAAUUAAGAACGAAAAAGUCACAUCGGAGAACAUGUACAAAAUAAAUUUGAAUAUGCAGCAUAAUAUGUGUAAGUUUCCAUAAUACUAAGAAUAAUGAACAGAUGUUGUAUUGCAAAAUAGGAAGAUUUUAGUAAACUACUUCCGUGCAUGUA